AUAACGUGUACCGUCGUUUAUUGUGCCGUGCUGCCGAGAGCGAGCUCGUUCCGCGAGAUCCCGAGUGCGACGAGUCGGAUAGUAUGGUGAACAUGGAAGGUUCCGGGGAGCAGCACACGGUUACGGCCUCGCCGCCGCCUCGAGCUGUUCUCAAGAGCAACUUCAGCAUCCGGAACAUCGUGCCGGAAGCGUGCGCGGGAACGCCCGCGCCGGAGGACAGGCGAUCCGCGUCACCGGACAUCGGUCACGUAGACGACAGCGAGGACUCCAGCGAUCUCGACGUGACCGGAGACGGCGGGAACGAGACGCCGCCGUUGGACUGCACGACGAACGCCGCCGUCGGCGUCGCCGGCGACCACAAGGACGCGAAGGACCGCCAGGACGAGAAGAAAAAGUGCGAGAAACCGCCGUACAGUUACAACGCGCUCAUCAUGAUGGCCAUAAGACAGAGCCCGGAGAAGAGGCUGACGUUGAACGGGAUCUACGAGUACAUAAUGCGUCACUUUCCCUACUACGAGAACAACAAGCAAGGCUGGCAGAACUCCAUCAGGCACAACCUAUCGUUGAACAAGUGUUUCGUCAAAGUUCCUCGCCACUACGACGACCCGGGCAAGGGAAACUACUGGAUGCUCGAUCCCAGCUCCGAGGACGUGUUCAUCGGCGGCACCACCGGAAAGUUGCGCAGAAGAACCACCGCUGCAUCCAGGUCGCGACUCGCCGCCUUCAAGAGAAGCGUCGUCCUCGGAGGAUUGUAUCCCACGGCCUACGGUCCGCCCGGAUGGCCAGCCUCGCUUUACACGCUUCCCUAUCUGCAUCGCGCCGCCGGUUACACGACGGCCACCGGAGCUUACUCGGCUCCGGCUGGUUACCCGGCCAGCUUGCUACCCGGCGCGGUCACCUCUUCGCCGGCCAGUCUGCCCUGCAAGCCUCAACCGCUCCCGGCGUCCGCGGCGCCUCCGGCACACGGACCCUUCUCCAUGGAGAGGCUGCUGCAACCUCCGACUUCCGGCGGUUACCCUACGACCAUCACCGCAUCCGGGAUUCCCGUCUCCGGCAACCCUUACGACUUUUACUCCACCCUGAGAUCUCUGGCGGCGCACCAGCAGCAUCAAAACUCUGCCACGAUGUUCGGACACGGUCAGCAACAACCUGGCAGGUAUCACGCGAGUCAGGCUCCGCUUCUGGGCCAGAUGACGUCGGCGACCGCGUCGCCUGGCAGCAGUCCCGAACCGAUGUCUCCUCGCUCGCCGCCGGCUUCGAUCUGCAAUACCGGCGUCGUUCAACAGCCGAGGUCUCUUCCUCGCAAUCCACCGCAGUUGCUGCUGAAACCCAUCACCGUGCUCACCGGCAGACAGAGCUAGAGUCCAACGAGAUUCCACUCGUGCAGAACGUC